AUGGACGAGACCAUGAACGCUCUCCCCCAAGACAUGGGCAACGCGCUUGCCGAGCUCAUGCGCCAACUCGAACAGCUGACGUUGGAAAAUCGUCAGGUACGAGCCGAAAUGCAACAGCUUCGCAAUUUGGCUUCUAACCCCCAUGGUCAUGCCGCACCAUCUCCUGCACCCACCACGUCGACUGGCGCGGAAGCGCUGCCGGAACAUCGAAGUGCACUCAAGCCGCAGAAGCCCGAGUCGUUCGACCCGAGCCAACGCGACGCGAACGUGCGGACGUGGCUCUUCAUGCUCAACAACUACUUCGCCGCGAGCGGGGUGCAAGAGGCGGACGCGCAGCAGCGGAUCGAGUACGCGGUGACGCUGCUGAGGGGCCCGACCUUGGAGUGGUGGCGCCAACUUACGCAGAGUGCUGCACGGAGGGCUCAGUUAGACGGGCAUCAACAGGGCGUGGGGCAUGCAGCUGCAACUUCAAGCUUAGGAACUGCUAGGAAGCGUCUGCGUCAUUUCCGACAGAUAGGAAACGUCCAGGAGUACACACGACGGUUCUUGAGCAUCUGCAACGAGAUAGACGACAUCACGGAAGCAGAGAUGCGCGAUCGCUACCUCGAAGGGUUGAAGCCGGACAUAGCGGAGGUCAUAGCGAUUCACGGGUUGUCCACCUUCGAGUCGGUAGUCGCAGCAGCAGAACGCGUCGACGCAUUAGUGAAGCGAGCAGCACGGAUCUUCGCGGUUUUCCUUGAGGAGGUGGAAGCAGAGGAGGGGAAAGGAGGGAGUGCAGCAGUUAGUGAGAAGGCGACUCUUCCUGCUGAGGUGAGUGCACUGUUAGCAGAGUUCGCAGACGUCUUCCCCGACGAGUUGCCCCCAGGGUUACCUCCCAGCCGAGCAGUAGACCAUCGAAUAGAGUUGGAGCCGGGAAGCAGGCCAGUAGCGAAGCCGCAGUGGAGGUUGAGUCCAGCAGAGACAGAGGAGAUGACGCAGCAGGUUAGGCACUUUCUCGCGCAGGGGUUCAUACAGCCAUCUAGAUCGCCUUGGGCCGCACCGAUCCUUUUCGCGCCUAAGAAAGACGGAGGGUUACGGAUGUGCAUAGACUACCGCGCACUGAACGCCACCACCGUCAAGAACAAAUUCCCAGUGCCGAGAGUAGAGGAUCUUCUCGAUGCAGUGCAGGGCGCUAGAGUCUUCUCCAAGAUCGAUCUUCGAUCAGGUUACCAUCAGAUCCGUGUAGUUCCAGAGGACCAGCACAAGACGGCGUUUCGUACGAAGCAGGGGUUGUACGAGUUUAGGGUUCUACCGUUCGGACUGACCAACGCCCCAGCGACGUUCCAGACGCUUAUGAACACCGUCCUCUCCGAGUUUCUAGGUUCGUUCGUUGUCGUCUACCUACACGAUAUCCUCAUCUUUUCCAAGUCGAAAGAGGAGCACGUGCAGCACUUGCAGAAGGUCUUUGAGGUCUUGCGGAGGGAGAAGCUGUACGCGAAGCAGUCAAAGUGCGAGUUCUUCCUCCCCGAGGUCGAGUUCCUAGGACACGUCGUAUCCGCUAGUGGCGUUAGGACCGACCCGAAGAAGAUCACAGCCGUACAGGAUUGGGUAGCACCGACCUCAGUCAAGGAGUUGCAGAGCUUUCUCGGAUUCGCGAACUAUUACCGUCAUUUUGUUCAGGGUUACGCUUCCAUCGCUAGUCCACUCACCGACCUACUUCGGAAAGGCGUAGAGUACGUUUGGGGUCCAGCGCAGCAGCAGGCGUUCGAGCAGAUGAAGCAGUCGCUCACGUCUUCACCGACACUGUCGUACCCUGAUCCCACUCGCCCGUACGUUGUAGUGACCGACGCUUCAGAUCAGGCCAUAGGAGCAGUACUUCUUCAGGACCAGGGACGCGGGUUGCAGCCGAUCGCGUACGAGUCGCGUAAGCUGAGGGGAGCGGAGUUGAACUAUCCCAUACACGACAAGGAGGCGCUCGCGAUCAUCCAUGCGUAUAAGGUGUGGAGGUGCUACCUAGAGGGGGCAGAUAGUGUUAUACGCACGGACCACUGUUCGCUUCGCUUUCUCAAGUCGCAGCCGCAGCUGAGUCGUCGCCAGGCUAGAUGGAUGGAGUUCAUGGAGGGGAGUUUCCACUACAGGAUAGAGUACAAGCCAGGCGUGCGCAACCCAGCAGAUCCGCUCACUCGCCCUAGUUGCCAGCUCGCUAGUCUCACAGUCACUGCAGGCCAUCCACUUCUCACAGCACUCUUCGAGCACGGUUACACAGUAGAUCCUGACUUCACACCGCAGGCGCCUGUAGGAGCAGAGGUAGUGUCUACAUACGGAAGGGCACAGCACGGAUUUGGGUUCCAGCCUACCGCCCUCUUCGACAGCUCCUUCUCUCAGAGGCACACGAUGUAG